GCCCUCCUAUCUCUUGACCAAGACUUUUUUGUCUUGGAGGAAGAGUUUCUGAAGGUCCAUCAAAUACUUUUGGAGGGUUCUUUAGUAUGACCUCUCUCUUUUUUGCUUAACCUAUCCUGGUUUCACCUAUUUGCUCAACUCUUCCUGAAGAAAAGCCAGCCACCAGCACCACUUACUGAAUGCCAAGAAAAACACUCAGCCAUGGAUUGUAGCUGUGUAUCUGACAUUCUCCUCACACCAUCAAUGCCAGCUCUCUGGACUCCAGGUUUUGCGUUUCCUGAUUGGGCUUACAAGCCGGAGUCCAGCCCAGGAUCCAGACAGAUUCAGCUCUGGCACUUCAUUCUGGAGCUGCUCCAAAAAGAGGAAUAUCAUGACGUCAUCGCUUGGCAAGGGGACUACGGAGAGUUUGUCAUCAAGGACCCAGACGAGGUGGCGCGCCUGUGGGGAAUCCGCAAAUGCAAACCACAUAUGAACUAUGACAAGCUGAGCCGAGCACUCAGGUAUUAUUACAACAAGCGGAUUCUACACAAAACUAAAGGAAAGCGUUUUACCUACAAAUUUAACUUCAGUAAAGUCGUGUUGGUGAACUACCCUCUGUUGGAUAUGGCCAAUUCUUCUCUCCUGCUUGGGCAAAGCGCAUUUCCUGGAGCCCACUCACAUGAUCCGUUCACUCCAGAGGCUUUGCAGUCUCUCUUCUCUCCAACUGGUCGUGCCCCACUCCUGGACCGCCCCCUCACUGUUCCAGAUGCAGACAAACUUCGUCUUGAAGCGGCUUUUCCUUUUCUGAAUUCUGGCACCGGUUACACAAAACCACCAUCCUUACUGCCCCCCUAUAACCGCAACUCCCCAUUUCCAGACUACUCCUGGGGAUUUAACCCAUACCUUUCCAGCAACUUCCCACUCGCCGGCUCUAAGCUGCCCACUUCUCUCUACCCCCCGCAGUUUUACCCCAGCUCCCUCUCCCAACUGCCUCCUCCAGUUUCCUUACUCCCCGGAGACUCUAUAGACAGAUCUGUCUCUCUAUUGCAAGGCAUCCCGCAGAGGCUUUGCAGCAACUUAAACCCCCACCUAGUGCCCCCCAGAGGAAGCGGAGAAUUAGUGGGGGCACCAGCAGCCAGGAGAGAGAGAGCAGAACCAGAAGGGAAACAGGAACCAGAGUCUGAUUCAGAUCUGGAAAUUACGGACGUGAGCGACUGCAGCUCAGAGGCAGAGGGGUGCGGGUACAGCCCCCCGUGCCCAGGACCAGCACUGGUCAGACCACAAGCAGAAGCUGAACUCCCCAAAGAGGAGGGCAAGACGGCGGAAAAAGCAGCUACCGUGUCCAGCUAG